CGUAUUGGAUGUGUCGAAGGAACAAUACAAACAAUAGAAAAGUGGAAAAAGUAUGGCUGCUUUCACAGAGAACCAAGAAGCUCUGGUGAAUAGCUCAUGGGAAGCAUUCAAGGCAAAACUUCCGCACCACAGCGUUGUGUUCUUUACCGCUGUAUUGGAGAAAGCACCAGAAGCAAAGGACAAGUUUUCGUUUCUAGCUAAUGGAGUAGACGCCAAUAAUACUAAGCUCACUGCCCAUGCUGAAAAGCUUUUCGGAAUGGUGCGUGACGCAGCUAUUCAACUUCGAACAAAAGGAGCAGUGGUGGCUGAAGCCUCACUUGGUUCUGUCCACACUCAAAAAGGAGUCAGUGAUGCUCAUUUUGCGGUGCUUAAAGAAGCAUUUCUGAAAACAAUAAAGGAAGCAGUUGGAGACAAAUGGAGUGACGAUUUGAGCAAAGCUUGGGAAGUAGCCUAUGAUCAAAUGGCAGCAGCAAUUAAGAAGGCAAUGAAAUGACUUUGGGAUCCAUUGCCAUAAAAUCCAAAGGUAUAGCUUUUUUACAUGUAUUUGGAUUGGAUUGUUACAAGAAGGGAUUCCGAUAGAAUAAGAGAAAAAUGAUUUUACAAAGCUCAAGCCAACCAUUGGAAGCAUGAAAAGCCAAACUCAGUCUUA